AGCCAUUUUGGCUCAAGCGUCCGUGGCUGACGCCAGCAGCUUGCCCCCCCUCCUCCCCCAGACCAGGACGCAGUAGCACCGAUGGCGCGUGCCGGCAGCAGGGCCCUCCCGGCGGCCUUCUUCGCGCUCGCGCUCGCCGGCCUCUGCUGGCUGCCCGGCUGCUUCGUGCCGACGGUGGACCGCCGGGCCGUCAUCGGCGCUGCCGCCGCCGCCGCCGUCGCGGGGCAGCAGCAGCAGGCGCAGGCUGCGCAGGCACGGUUCUCAGUGUUCGGCUUCGACGGCAGCGGGAAGGGCGCCGUGUCGGACGCCUACCAGCAGAUCGACCCGGAUGCGGUCUCGCCCUACUCGCAGUUCAGCAACCCGAAGGAUUCCGAGUACACGAACAACAAGGCCCUGCAGGAGAAGCUCUACGAGAGGAACAAGGCCAGGGUGAUCGAGUACGUGUCGAUGCUCGACAAGGUCCCAGAGUUGAUUCAGAAGAAGCAGUCCGAGAAUUUGAAGAGCCUGCUGACCACCAAGCUCUACAGCCUCCGCGAGAGCAUGGAGUACGUGACCACCAAGGGCGCGCCGUUCUAUCGCAAGGAUGACGCAGCAGGCAUGAAGGAGGCCGAUGUCUUCUUCCAGGACCUGGCCGACCUCGGCGUGGCGGGCAGGGAGCGGAACUGGGGCUGGGCGGCCGAGUCGUACGACAAGUCCAAGGGCAGCUUCCAGGCGUGGAUGAACGUGGUGAAGCUCUGAGCCGUCGGAUGUUCGGGGGCGAUGUGAGCCCCCAGAGUCCGCCAUUUGUGUCUCAGAGGGGCCAGCCGGGAAAGUCUACAGAGCGCGGCGGAGGUAGUCCCCCACCUGGGCACACGCAGCCCGAAGCGGUGCUCUGCGGGGCGGUAAGGCACCGUCCGGAGCGCGCAGUUCUGGCCCCGCUGCGCACGCAGCGGCCGGCCCAUACGAACCUGCCGUAGUGACUUUUUGAGAGGGCCUGCUGGUCGUCGGCUCUUCCCGCAGCUGCUCCACCGCACGGGGGGCAGAGCUGUCGGCCUCGGACAGUUGUGCCUCGGCGGCCGCCACGUGCACAGGAGGACGAGGAUGACGGCCGUGGGCAAA